AUGCCUCGAGCCCUUAUUCUCCAGCCUAUAGAAAGCGGCAAGCCUGGGAAAGUCUAUUAUCCUCUACAGAUCAAAGAAGUCUCUAAGCCAAUACCUGGCCCUCAUCAACUUCUCGUCCGUCUUUCUGCCGCAGCCCUUAACCACCGCGACCUUUUCAUCCGUCGCCACCUCUAUCCAGGCAUCUCUCUGACCAACCCGCUCCUCGCUGAUGGUUACGGUACUGUCGUUGCUAUUGGGCCUGAUGUAUCCUCCUCUAGCAUCCUUAACAAGCCCGUCCUCCUCACCCCUAUGCGCGGAUGGGAGGUUGAACCUUCAGGGCCAGAGAAUAGCAGGCAGUUCACCGUGCUUGGUGGCACAAAAGCCACAGAUAUAGGUACUGCGCAGGAUUUCGUAAUCGUUCAAGAAGACGAGGUCGAACUAGCACCGGAGCAUCUUACCCCUGCCGAGGGAGCAGCAUUACCUCUUGCUGGACUUACCGGGUGGAGGGCGCUAGUGACCAAGUCCAACGCUGCCAGUCCAGGAAAAAAUAUCCUUAUCACCGGCAUUGGUGGAGGUGUUGCUUUACAAGUCCUCCAAUUUGCUGUCGCUUUUGGAUGUAACGUCUAUGUGACAUCUGGCGAUGCCUCAAAAUUGGCCAAGGCAAAGGCUAUGGGUGCUAAGGGUGGCGUGAGCUACAAGAGCGAAACAUGGGAGAAGGACCUCCGAUCCAUGCUCCCUGAUGACCGAAGAUAUCUCGAUGCGAUUAUAGAUGGCGCCGGUGGAAAAGUUGUCUCCAAGACAGUUCCAAUACUUAAGCACGGCGGAGUGAUCUCACAAUACGGCAUGACUAUUUCGCCACAGAUGGAUUGGGUUAUGCCGGCCGUAUUGGCCAAUAUAGAGUUAAAGGGAACGGCGAUGGGGAGUCGGCAGGAGUUCAAGGAAAUGGUUGCUUUUGUGAAUGAGCACAAGAUUCGACCAAUUGUCAGCAGGACAGUCAAGGGGUUGAGCAAUCUGAAAGAGAUUGAUGGUUUGUUUGCUGAGAUGCAAGAAGGCAAGCAAUUUGGCAAAUUGGUUAUUGAGAUAGAUUCUGAGAGCCAAGUCCAGUCUAGGUUGUAA